UGACCUAAGUUGAGCACGAAUAAGCACAGAGCAUCGUGUAACUGUCGUUAUCUUCCCAGGGACGAGUGUGAGUGCACCUUCUCUAGUGACAGGUAUUUUCGCACCUCGCUAAUGUGAAGAAUUCCGUAUGACUAGACCUGUCCUUUGGACUGUCUGCUGUGAUGACUAGACUGGAUGUGCUAUAUAUAGUAACACCUUCAGCCAUAACCCCACAGGCAUCUUUCAUCGCCAUGUUCUAGCUGACGGUUGUUUGGUGAGCACCAAGUCCAUACUAAGUGAAACUGAGACAAAAAGAGUUAUGAUUAAUCAUCUUCGAAAAGAAGAUACUUGAAGUGUGGCGUCCAGCUUGAUGUGUCUCAACAGGGAGUCAGCUUACGAUGGCAUCAAAGCAGGAAGACGAUGUCGUAACAGCGAACCCGGGAAAUAAAUACUCUGCAGGUUCUGCUCACGUGGCUUCUAGUGAACACUGUCCGGAUGGAAGUGUCCACACUCCGCCGCAGGUGAUGGCGGAUCGCGUGCUGGUCAAAGGUCUCCGGCACGUUAACGCUUAUGAACUGGAGUUGUAUAUGGAAGGUAGAGCUGACGCUUAUGUAAAAUCUAUUCUCUAUGGAGAUGAUGGAAUGGCAAUUGUCAUCUUUGCCGGUACCAUUGAUUUGCAAAAGAUACAAGAGAGUAUCAUAAAAAGACAGUUCAAAAACAUGACGCUGGAAGUUGAACCCAUCACGGGUUGCCGCAUGAUUCAGGUUCUUGGUUUGCCUGAAAGUCCCGAUCUGUCUGAAGACUUGUUGAAGAAGUACUUCGAGAACCAGGACCUCAGCGGUGGCGGGAAGGUAACUCGUGUGCAGCUUGGCGAUAAGGGAGAUUUCGCAGUAAUAACCUUUGCAGACGAUAAAGUGGCAUCAGACGUUCUCGGCAAAAGCCACACUCUGGAACAAAAGAGUCUGACCUUACUGCCCUUUUAUCACUGUCUUGGGCCAAGCGGUGGGAGGAUCAAUCCUCCUGUGAAUAUCACUGAAAGACAAAGUCAGUCCGAAUCUGCUCAACACAGAAUGAAGAAAAGAUUCAAUGAAAGAUGCGAGGAAGUACCGGUAGACGUAAACACGUAUUCUCUUUUUGUCAAAAACCACACGGCGAUGAAAGAAAUUCGGGAGAGGAGUCCACAGUUAAAAGUAACUUACGAUGAACUAAACGAAUUGCUUAGACUGACAGGAACAGAAAGUGAAAUAGAUGAGGUGAAGAAGUUCUGCCAGAAAAUUAAUGUCAGUCACCAUACCUGGGACAUGGAAGUCACAAGAGAAUUGUUUCAUCAGACCGAGGCACAAAGCAGUCUUCAAACUAUGUGUCAUGAGUCAGAUCCGGAAGGUGGUAUUGCAUUCACAGAAGAUGGCAUAAUCAUCUAUUCUCUGUGCAAAACUCAAGUGAAAGUGGUAAAAGAUGCUUGCCUAAAACACGUUCGUCGAGAAAAAAUUUACCUGUCCGAAGAAUUCGCAGACGUUUGCAGAACAGCUGCAUGGAAUGAUUUCCAAGAAAAGCUCAAGCAUCGGAGCAAAGGAACGGUUCUGAUUAGAGAAGAACCAACAUGUUUGACUGUUGUAGGUGUUGGUGAAAGCUUUGAUACUUUCUAUACAGAAGCGAAACAAUUUCUCGCAGAAAAUGCCAUCACAACAAGACAUACUCCUGUUGAAGAGGAUCUUAUUUCUUUGUACCACUAUUAUCUUGAGGGCAAUGCAGCUUCACAUGGACAGAAAAAAGCUAGAAAAAUCACAUAUUUAAAAAGUUGUAUUUCUGUAACAGGAACUGUGCAAGUGGUUUCAGCCUAUCAACGGGCCAUAGAAAGCAUUAAAAUGAUGAUUGUGUCUACUGAACAAACACUCAAUCUUCCAUUAUUGUCUCGGUUUCUCACCUCUGCCGAAGGAAAGAAAGAAGUAGCGGGUAUCGAGAAAGGAUUAAAAUGCAAAAUUCUUUAUUCAAACAACCAAGAUUUCACGUCUGCUCAGAGUGGAGGAAGUGGUCUCAGUGGUUUACAGAUCGGGGACCAGGGGGCGACUUUUACAACUGGAGCAACAGGUGGUUUCAUUCCAAGAAACUUUGCAGAGCCUAAAAUACCAGCAAAGGGUAAAAUAUUGCCUGCAAAACCCAGGAUUUCGGUAAACACCAUGAGUGACAUCACAAAAGAAAAGCAAGAUGUACUGGUCAACUCCAGCAAUAAAUCCCUCAACUUGUCAUGGGGUCAAGUGUCAAAGGAUUUGCUGAGGGUUGGAGGACGUCAGCUGCAACAAGAUUGCACAAAGAAAUAUCCAAAAGGUAUUAAUUUUGGAGAAAUUGCUGUCACUGGCAAAGGACACCCAGUGGGACUGUUUUGCAAGAACGUCAUCCACUGCUGCCUAAAGGAAGAAAAGGAUCAGAAGAAGAUCGAAGAAAUGAUCAAAGAGACGACAAGCAAGUGUCUACAAAAAGUCAAUGAGAUGGGCCACUCCUCCAUCGGGUUUCCCGCCAUCGGGACUGGCACUCUGAAAUUUCCACCCAAGAUCGUAGCUAAAGCUAUGUUUGAAGCUGCUGUAGAAUUUGGACACAAGAAUCCCUAUUGUCAUGUCAAGGAUGUUGUGUUUAUCCUCCACGAGAAAGACCAGGUAGUGGCAAAGGCCUUUAACGAAGUGAAAGACGAGUAUGCAGAAGUAUCAGAAGAUUCUGAGAGCGACUUGCAAGCCAACCCAAAUUUACAGGGAACCAAGAAAUAUGGUUUCUUUGAAGAAACAUCAAGACCUCUGGCGGUGGUAUUCGUGGGGCUCGACCCAGGUAUUCCACAACAAGCGGAAAAAGCACUUAUUCGGUCUUACGAGGCUGGGAUCAAGCAUCUGACGAUUCCGGCACAGGACCUUAAUUGCUGGGAUGAUUUGCAUAUCAGUCAUCUCAUACACACUUGCAAGGUUCAUUCCGUAGAUUUGACUUUAAUGUUCGAGUCCAAGACGAUUGGCUUGUGUGGCUUCCUGGAAGAUGUGAGCAACGUGCGAGACAGCGAAAUCAUGAAGGUGGCCCAGCAAUAUACACAUGUACGAAGACAUGCACGCCUGAUGAGCAAGCAGGUGAGAUGGUGCUGGAUAGAGGUGGAUACUGCUCGGGAAAAAGUACGGCCAUAUGAUGAGACGAACAAUUACAUGAUUGAAAAGAGUUACAGAGAAGGACAUCUAACGGUGUUCGUUUCCGACGUGAACCACCAGGUCUUCCAGGUGAGGUUCAAUACUAUGGAUGAGAUCCCCGAGCACAUCUCAAACACCAGCGCCCCCGUGCGGGUCAUUCGUCAGGAUCUUGUUUACGAUGUACCAGACGCUCCCCUGCCGUUGGAGUGGUCGCCGAUGGGCACUGACUAUAAAGUUGAGGUGACCAAGGAUUCUCCAGACUACUCGAGGACUGUCGAGCUUUUCCGUAGCAGCUAUCGUCAACCCAGUUGUAAGAUCCUAGAGGUUUAUCGCAUUGAAAACCCAACACUCCACAGACAAUACAUAGCGAAGAUGGCAGAGCUCAGAAACUCUCUUCCCUUCGACACCCUCGUGGAGCGAGUGCCGCUGUGGCAUGGUACAAAGAGGGACAGAGUACACAGCAUCAUAACACAUGGCUUCAACAGAAGCUACUGUGAACAAAAAGACUCGAGAAACGUUUACGGCAACGGCGUCUACUUCGCCACGUCAGCGGAGCACGCGGCACGUCAGGAAUACGCCGCCGCUGACGAUCAGGGGCGUCGACGUGUCUUCCUGUGCCGGGUGCUUGUGGGCCAGUACACCCGGGGUCAGAAAGGUAUGCGCUUUCUUCCGCCGAUCCCCGACUCCAAGGAGAGGUACUACAACAGUGCUGUUGACGAUCCAAAAGAUCCUUCUCUAUUUGUUGUCUUUAACGACACUCAGGCCUACCCGAAAUACCUGAUUGUCUUCCAGUAGACUAGAACUAGCUUAAGCUUCUUCUUUACUUGUUCUGUCCUUUAUUUUGUUCCUCGAGGCUGUAAAGUUGUAAAAGUCUGAUUUUACUUUAUGCAGGAUAUCUAACUCGUCUUGUCGGCGUUUGAAAUAGUAGUUAAAACUGAUGCGCAUUUAGAAAUGAUAUAAAAGUCUUAUUUUGGUGUCAAAUAACGACGUAUAAACUAAAAUGUGAAGUAAAGUCUAAUGUUUCUUUCUGAAAGACACAAAACUAUUCUAGAUACCCUUAAAAAAACAAUCAAUGAAACAAAAAAUUUAAAAACCAGAUUCUGUUGUAUGGCCGCUUACUUUUCUCCAUUCUUUAUGCAAUGUUGUUUAUGUAUUGCUUAGAAGUAAUUUGUCGCUAAAAUAUAACUUGACUGUGUGUCUUAUUUAUACAUUUAUAUAUGAGGGUAAACAAUGUCCAUGUGCCAGUGAAAUGCGAGGAUUUGAAACUCAAAACGGGUUUUAAGAUAAAUAAAUGUAUCGCGUUUAUUGAUAGAGAUCUACAUAAACCAGUAUUUUCAGUUAUAAAACUUGUAAUAUACUCUUACGUGUGUUGACUUUAUUC